CCAGCGCACCUUUUUACCUGCUGCGCCAAGACUGCGUUUAAACGAAGGUGCGUGGGUAUAAAUAGGGCACGCCUGGCACAGGAUCUAUGCACCUCUUCGGUGUUCAACAUCGCUGGCGAAGCAUGGCACGUCACUCGAUGCUGGUCCUUCUGGGGCUCAGCCAGUUUUACGUGUUCGCGUUGGUUGGUGGAUCUAUUGUGAUGGAUGACCUGUACACGACCAUUCAACCUUCAACCGGAAUCUACGACGAUUUCGACCAUGGAGAUGACACUAUAUGCAGCGUGUGGGGAACCGGCCACCUUCUCACAUUCGACCAUGCUUCCAUGGACCUGCCGCUGUCCUCAUGUUCUCUGAGCCUGGUGUCCAUCACCGGUUCCCCGUCAUUGUCCGUGAGCUUCCAGAGAAGUGCUUUGGACAGAAUGAGUGUGGAGAAUGUGGUGGUGACCAUGGAGGGCAUAUCCUUGACCCUGACAAGAGAGGGCCAAAGCAUUAGCGGCCAGAGGGUGCAGCUGCCGUACAAAGACCACAGCAUCCAGAUUGAGAUGGUGGGAUCCUACAUCAAGUGCUCCUCCAUAAUGGGCUUCUCUCUGCUGUGGGACCAGAACAAUGCCAUCACGGUUAAACUUGACCCCAAAUUCCACACCAAAACUACCGGGCUGUGUGGAGAUUUUAACGGCAUUGCAGAUGAUUUCUAUUUUAAUGGUGAUCUGCGUUCAGAGAGUGAUUACACGCUGAUGAAUAAGCUAAACAGCUUGGAAUUGUGUUCCCAAGAGCCACAGCAAACUAACUCACAUUUCUCAAGCAAAUACUGUCAGAACAAGACACGACACAUUGUGCACCUGUUGCGAGACGAGCUUCUUUCCUGCUUGAGCGUCAUGAACCAUCAACUGAAGUCUUUGCUGAUUCAUAUUUUGCUGUCGGACAUUUGCCGUUUGGACUGCAACGGCACUGCUGGGCUCUACCCUUGUGAUGGUUGUGCGACGAUCGCCGAGUUUUCUCGACGGUGCACGCAGGCUAAUGGAUCGCCGGGCACGUGGCGUUCUGCAGAAUUCUGCGGUGUGACUUGCCCGAGAGGUCAGGUGCACAGGGAGUGUGGAUCGGUGUGCAAAGACACCUGCUCAAACCCCUCCGCCUCCGUCAACUGCCCAAGUACCUGUGUGGAUGGCUGCUUCUGCCCUGAAGGUAUGGUGUGGGACGAUGUGAGUGGGUCGGGCUGCAUCCCUCAAAGCAAUUGUGGGUGCAACCAACUCGGCCACUCCUAUGCCAGUGGAGAAUCGCUCAUCACAGGCUGCAAAAACUGCACUUGCGAGCAGGGUCAGUGGAAUUGCGACAGCCGCCCCUGCUACGGGACGUGCAAGAUCCUGGGCGGCUCCUAUUUCUCGACCUUCGACAGCAAGACGUACAGAUUCCACGGGGACUGCUUCUACACCCUCACAACGGACUGCACUGGCAACAAGUUCUCCGUACUGGGAGAGUUAACCAAGUGCGAGGGGCGAGAUUCUAAGACGUGUCUCAAUAGUGUUAUCCUCUACAUCGAUGGCAUAAGAACGGUUGUGUUCAAGGCAUCAGGGGAUGUGCUCGUGCAUGAGAAUAAGGUGCCUCUUCCAUUUGUGUCGGCAUCCUUGACCGUCGUGCAAGAGUCGUCCUUCUACCUCCGUGCGGAAACUAACUUUGGCUUGCGCCUGCGAGUUCAGCUAAAGCCCCUGAUGCAGCUGUACAUUACCGCGGCCACCGCGUAUCACAACAAAACGUGUGGGCUGUGCGGAAAUUUCAACGAAGUAACCGGUGACGACUUCACACAUUCCGGCAUCGUGGACGCGACAGCGGCAACCUUCUGUAACGUGUGGAAGGCUCAGGCGACGUGCCCGGACCGCGAUGAGGUCACCAUGGACCCGUGCUCGGUGUACAUCACCAACAAUGAAUACGCCAAAACACAUUGUGGCCUUCUGAUGGAUAAUGACGGUCCAUUCUCUACCUGCCACAGUGUGGUUUCUGCAGAUGAAUAUUACAUGCGCUGCAAGUACGAUACGUGCAGCUGCUCGUAUCCGGAGCCGUGCCUGUGCGCUGCACUCUCGGCAUACGCGUACGCGUGCGCCGCUCAUGGCGUCGUCCUCGUCGGCUGGAGGAGCGACAUCUGCAGCCUCGACGCCGAGAACUGCCCCAUCAGCCACGAGUUCAGCUACGCGGCGCCCGAGUGCGGCUCCGCGUCGUGCCGCGCGUCCCGCGAAGUGUGUCGGGGGGUGCGCCCCCCGCCGUUCGAGCUGCCAUCCCCUUCCCCCGUGGAGGGCUGCGUGUGCGGCGCGGGGCUGUACGACGACGAGCACGGCGUGUGUGUGCUCAAGAGCGAUUGCCCCUGCUACUCGGAGAUGAGCGGGGACGUGAUCCGGGCAGGGGUGACCGUUGAUCUGCACGACACGCAGUGUCUGUGCACGGGUGGGGAACUUCACUGCUUUGGACUUUCCCCCAUAUCUGGGAACACAUGCGAAGGCCCGAUGACUUACCACAACUGCAGUGACGGAUCGAGUGAAGGCAGUGCUGCCUGUCAAAGAACCUGUGCUAAUCCACAUUCAAUAUGCUAUAGCCCGGGCUGCGUGUCGGGCUGCGUGUGCCCCGGCGGGUUGCUUGUGGAUCACAACGGCAACUGCGUGAGUGAGGAGCAAUGCACCUGCGAACACAACGGGCGGCACUACAACCCCGGAGACACCAUUACCCAGCUGUGCAACAAAUGCACGUGCAUGAACGCACAAUGGAGCUGCACGUCCAAGGUCUGCCAGGGCCUGUGUUUCGUGUACGGAGAGGGCCACCACACGACCUUCGACGGGAAGCAGUAUGUCUUCGACGGGUCCUGCCAGUACAUCCUGAGCCAGGAUUCCUGUGGGAACAGCAGUGGCUCAUUUCGAAUCACCACUGAGAAUGAGCCGUGUGGAACCACAGGCACCACCUGCUCCAAGAAAGUUCACUUUUUCGUCGGGGCUGACGAGCUGGUGUUGACGGACGGAACCGUAAAGGGGAGUUCGCUGGAUUUGCCGGGGUCGCCAUUCCACGUGCGCCGCAUGGGCAUCUACACUGUGGUGGAGACGUCGCUCGGGGUCACGGUCAUCUGGGAUGGUCACACGGCCGUGUCCGUUCACGUGAACCCACAGCUCAAGGGUCACGUGUGUGGCCUUUGCGGAGACUACGAUGGCAAGGUGGCCAACGAUUUUGUGACGCGCACGGGCUCGGUGGCAGCGAGCGCUCCCGAGUUUGCCGCUGGCUGGAAGGAGUCCGGCUCUGGGUGCCCUGACCUUUCGCGAGUGUCCGACCCGUGCACCAUAAACCACCAUCGUGAGAGCUGGGCACACAAGCAGUGCUCCGUACUCAAGGAUGGGGUGUUCAAGCAGUGUCACAACAUGGUCGAGUACCUGCCCUACUACACUGCGUGCGUGCGCGACUCUUGCGGUUGUGACACUGGUGGCGACUGCCACUGCCUGUGCACGGCGCUAGCGUCGUACGCACAAGCGUGCGGCUCGGCGGGCGUGUGCCUACGCUGGAGGACACCGGACCUGUGCCCGCUUGGCUGUGACUUGUACAACAAGGAUGAGGAUCAGUGCGAGUGGCAUUACCGGGAGUGUGGCCGGGGCUGCCAGCGCUCCUGCACCAACAGGAAUGCCAUCUGUACCGCUAACCUGCCCCCGCUGGAAGGCUGCUACCCGACCUGCCCGAGUGAUCGGCCGUUCCUGAACGAGAGUAGCAUGACCUGCGUGGAGCAGUGUGACUGCGUCUCUAACGGAACCACCUACAAGGCUAACGACAGGAUUCCAAGCAAUAACCCGUGCGAAAUCUGUUCCUGUACAAUCGACGGCAUUUCCUGCACAAUUAUCCCAGGGUGUCCACAAACCACGACUACUAUUACUGCAACAACCACAGAAUCAACAACUACAACCUCAUCCUCAACAGUUCCUCCAACAACUAUCUCAACUACCAGCGAGUCAACAACUAGAUCACCAUCUUUAUCAGCUUCUGCACUCACCACAGAAUCAUCCACAAUAGGAACUCCAUCAACCACCUCAAUAACCAUAGAAUCAACAACUAUGCCCCCAUCCACAACACUUAGAUGCAUCUGGACAUCAUGGGACAGCAUUGACUACCCCAAUGAUAAUAAUCCACCAAAUGACAAUGAGACGUAUGCUCACUACCAGGAGAAGACAGGACAUGCCAUCUGUAGGACCGGUGUUCCCAUGCACAUAGAUUGUCGGGCAAUAGGUUAUGAAGAAGCAAAUUUUUCAGACACGGGGACUGGCGUCACGUGUGAUGUCAAAGAAGGCCUCCUGUGCUUGGAAGAAUUGCAGGAUCCGUACAGAGGAGGAUGUAAAAACUAUGAGAUCCGAGUGUGCUGUCCACUGGGAGAUUACCACUCAACAAUUACCACGCCAACAACUAUACCAUCCACAACAGCACCUCCAUCUACGACCUCAAUAACCACCGAAUCAACAACUACACCCCCACCCACAACAGCACCUCCAUCAACCACCUCAAUAACCGAAUCAACAACUACACCCCCACCCACAACAGCACCUCCAUCAACCACCUCAAUAACCGAAUCAACAACUACACCCCCACCCACAACAACACCUCCAUCAACCACCUCAGUAAUCACCGAAUCAACAACUACACCCCCAACCACAACAACACCUCCAUUUACCACCUCAAUAACCACAGAAUCAACAACUACACCCCCAACCACAACAGCACCUCCAUCGAGCACCUCAAUUACCACCGAAUCAACAACUACACCCCCACCCACAACAACACCUCCAUCAACCACCGCAAUAACCACCGAAUCAACAACUACACCCCCACCCACAACAGCACCUCCAUCUACCACCUCAAUAACCGAAUCAACAACUACACCCCCACCCACAACAGCACCUCCAUCUACCACCUCAAUAACCGAAUCAACAACUACACCCCCACCCACAACAGCACCUCCAUCUACCACCUCAAUAACCACCGAAUCAACAACUAAACCCCCACCCACAACAACACCUCCAUCAACCACCUCAAUAACCACCGAAUCAACAACUACACCCCCACCCACAACAGCACCUCCAUCUACCACCUCAAUAACCGAAUCAACAACUACACCCCCACCCACAACAGCACCUCCAUCAACAGCACCUCCAUCAACCACCUCAAUAAUCACCGAAUCAACAACUACGCCACCACCCACAACAUCACCUCCAUCUACCACCUCAAUAAUCACCGAAUCAACAACUACACCCCCACCCACAACAGUACCUCCGUCUACCACCUCAGUAAUCACCGAAUCAACACCCCCACCCACAACAACACCUCCAUUUACCACCUCAAUAACCACAGAAUCAACAACUACACCCCCAACCACAACAGCACCUCCAUCGAGCACCUCAAUUACCACCGAAUCAACAACAAUUGAAUGCAUGUGGGCAUCAUGGCACAGCAUUGACUACCCCAAUGAUAAUACUCCAUCGAAUGACAAUGAGACGUAUGCUCACUACCAGGAGAAGACAGGACAUGCCAUCUGUGAGAUCGGUGUUCCCACCCGCAUAGAUUGUCGGGCAAUAGGUUAUGAAGAAGCGAAUUUGUCAGACACGGGGACUGGCAUCACGUGUGAUGUCAACGAAGGGCUCCUGUGCUUGGAAGAAUUGCAGGAUCCGUACAGUGGAGGAUGUAAAAACUAUGAGAUCCGAGUGUGCUGUCCACCAACAAUUACCACACCAACAACUAUACCAUCCACAACAGCACCUCCAUCUACCACCUCAAUAACCACCGAAUCAACAACUACACCCCCACCCACAACAACACCUCCAUCAACCACCUCAAUAACCACCGAAUCAACAACUACACCCCCACCCACAACAGCACCUCCAUCUACCACCUCAAUAACCGAAUCAACAACUACACCCCCACCCACAACAGCACCUCCAUCUACCACCUCAAUAACCACCGAAUCAACAACUACACCCCCACCCACAACACACCUCCAUCUACCACCUCAAUAA